UUAUUUGGACAAGGGAGGAGUGUGGUGCCGAAGUGGCGCGCGUGAUUUUUAUUAUUGUCUUUGCCGUUGAAGCUGUGAGGUGACGCGGGCUGCCUCCGUUGCAAAAUUUGGCCACACCCUUUCCUCAUCAUCACCCAGUGGUCUUCACUUCCUCGAAAUGUUCUGAUUUCUCGUCCAGUUUUGCUGCUCCUUCGCUCCCUUGUAGAUCCCCAGCUUUCCUCGUUUCUUCCCUACUUUCUCGUUUUUUCCCCUCUUGUCGAGGGUCUCUCCUUUUGUUUUUUUCCCUGACCUUGUAUUGUUUUGUUUUUCUCUUCCUCUUCCUCUUUCUCUUAUUCUCUUGGCUUUCUUCUAUUGUGCCUCAAUCACUAUUUCUCUUACACUUCUGUGUGCCUCCUCUCCUCUCUUCUCAUGCCCUAACCCUCCUUUCUUCGUCGAACUUCUUCCACCAUGAAGACCACCAAGGGGGGAAAGGUCAUGAACCCUACCGAUGCCUAUCGCAAGGAGCUCCGCAAAAAGGAGCUUAAGCGGAACAAAAAGGAACGAAAGAAGGUGCGGGAGGUGGGGAUUCUCAAAAAGGAUCCCGACGCCAUCAAGGAGCAAAUCAAGAAAUUAGAGAUAAUGAAGGCCGAUGGGGCAUUGGACAAAACAAGAAGGCACAAAAAGAGACAGCUUGAAGACACAUUGCACUUGGUCAUGAAGAAACGUAAGGAAUACGAAGAGAAGAUGCGGGAAAAGGGAGAGGAGCCUGUCAUGUUCAGUCAUCUUCCUACCCCUAGACGGCGAGCGACAGCGGAAGAAGAAGAACGUGCUAAGCAUCCGAAGCCUGAGGAUUCUGUAUACUUUCAUCCUGCAUUAAACCCCAGUGGAGCUCCACCGAUUGGCAAGCCGCCCAUGUAUAAAUCAUCUAUAGGACCUCGAAUCCCUCUUUCAAGUACUGCAGGUCCUAGUGGUGAAACGGACCUGGACAUGGACCCAGACACAACCCUACCCCUUCCCCCUCCUCCACCGCCUCCUCCACUACCUUCUGCUGGAGAAGGUUUCUCGGCUGGAGAAAAUGUAGUCCCAUUGCCAUUACCAGUGCCUGUACCUCCUCCACCACCAGCUCCUCCAGGUCCUGUUCAAGGCACGCUGCCACCACCUCCUCCUUUGUUUCUAGGUCGACCUCCUCAUGCAACUUCAAUGAUACCACCUCCACCGCCACCUCGUCCUGGACAACCGCUUCCUCCUGGCAUAUCCAGGGAAGAGGUACCUCCGGGAACUGACGAAGAAGCGUCUAUUGCAAAAUCGGAGAAUGUUGACCUUGGAGACAACUCACGACAUAGAACAAUGUAUUUCAUUCCCCCUGGAAGAUUGCCACCACCUCCACCACCUCCGCGGCGCCCUUCCAUACCUUCUGGGGAGGAAAUUCAGGACGAAAUAGAGGACGACGCGCCAGCUGAUUCUAGGAGCACUGAUGCUGUUCGACAAAACCUACCACCACCACCUCCCCCUCCAAUGCGUCCGCCUGUUGGCCCUCCUCCGCCUCUUCCCACUUCUCUAUUGAUGCGGCCCCCUUCUGGUCCUCCUCCAAAACACCCAUCUUCUUCAGAAGCUCCUCCUCCUGGUGUGACUCCUUUUCGACCUACUCUACCUGGACCUCCACUACCCCCAGAAAUGUCAUCCUUGCCUCUUCCACCUCCCCCACCGAGGAUGUUGCAAUCAGGAAUGUUACCUCCCCCUGGACCACCUCCGGGCCCUCCUCCAGUGAGACUUGGUCCGCCUCCGUCCGGCCCACCCCCUGUUAUGCGCCCUCCUGCUGGACCUCCUCCGAUGGUUAAAGGCACUCCUCCCCCUCCCCCUCCUCCUAGGGUAGUUCAUGAGGGAGGUAACGAAGAUCCGGUUAGAUCCGGUGGGGCUGCAAAGCCUUCGUAUGUGAAAUCCGCCGCACCUACGGUUGUUAAAAGACCUCUAGCUCAGCAUACUCCUGAACUGACCUCUAUGGUACCAGCGUCAGUCCGUGUUCGAAGAGAGAAUGCUCCCAAAGUAAAGCCUAAGACUGUUUCAGCAAUAUCUGCUCAAGUUGCCUCUGUUCUGCAACCUCCUCGUGUGGUUAAGCCGACAACCAUAGAUGACACUUAUUCUGCAUUCUUAGAGGACAUGAAGCUAUUAGGGGCAUUCGGAGAGGGACAAGAAGAUGUGUAGGGGCGGUUUCUGAUUGUGCCAGAUGGCAUUUCUAGUCAACACUUUUCACUCUGUGAUCAAAUGUUCGGGGAUGUUUCUCAGGAGCUUACAUUGUCAUUCUGACUUGGACUUUAAGAAGUAACAUUCCUGGGUCUCUGGUAUUUGGUCAGGGAGAACAUCCUCCGAGCUCUUAGCAGAUGGAAGUUGUUCACAGCCUAUGCAGCAUUCGUUGUGCUAUUUUUGUAAUAUUUUAUCCUAAACGUGGUUUUCUACUCCCUAAUAUAAUCAUGGGUGACUCAA